GUACACCACUUGGGUGCUUGUUAAAAUUGACAACUAAUGCAGGCUGGUAUUUGUCCUCAAAAGUGAUUCAUUUGAGUUUGAAGUGAGCGUUGCUGAUAAUUUUAAUUAGUCUGUUAGGAGCAUAAUUUUCCGGAGUGGUUUAGUGGGGUUGUCUGUUAAGCAAGGGUCAGAUAAAAAUGACCCCUGGCACAGUAGUCGGAGCAAAACAAAUGUGUACAACUAUACAAUGCACGUGUUAUAUAAAUAGAAGCGGUCUCCUGUUGACCACCCUGCCUGUUGCGUGCCCUGGCUGUCACCUCCACCGUAGGGCACAGAAAGCCGCCAUGACACUUAAUCAGAUUACGUCUUCCUCUGCUCGGAGUAAGAACUGAAGGUUUUUGUCAUCCUGUCUACCUCUGGCAUUCCAUGGAGCUCUAAAAUGUUUGGCUAUAGCCCCACCAUUACCGCUGAACCUCUUGGUGAAAUUAGCCGUAGUUUAUACCUAUUCAGCUGUACAAGUGGCUAAAGGCAUUCAAAUUUAUUCGGAUUUGGCGUGUGAAGGCCAGAAAAAAUCCUUGCGGACCACCCUGACAUCACAACCGAGGCAGUGAGGAAGGUGGGAAGUUGUAUUUUCCGUAGGGCUGGUACUGUACUCACCCUCCAUACCACUCUGCCCAACACUGGGACCAUGAGUGCACAGCCCCCUGCUAAGGAGGCCGCUCCCUGUGAGUAUGCUGGCAUACUAGGGGACAGCUCGGAGUCUGACCAAGAGCCCAGUCCAGAGGACCAGCUGGCUGCCUCCUGGGAGAACCUUCCUAUACUGGAAAGACUGGGCCUCAGCAUUGGUACAGAGAUGACUGAAGAGGAGGUAGAGAGUGCUUUUACCCAGCUGGCUCUGGCGUUCCGUUGUAACCAGUACACCCUGGCCCAGAGACUGCAGGCUGAGGAACAUGACAGAACCGUGGCCCAGGAGAACCUCAACCUGGAACUGGAGAGUGCCAGAGACACUCUGCGGUCUCUGAGAGGUAGGUGUGUAGACGCUGAGCGGUCAGAGAUGCUGAGUUGUAUCGAGGCCAGUCUAGACACAGUGCUGGACGGCGUGAGUGACAUCAUCGCUGCUGCUGAGAUGCUGGGGGUCGUGCACCAGGAAGCACGUGUUUGUUGUUCUGUGGAAAUUAUGGAGGUUCAUGUGGAACACCUGAAGCGUCGACAUGCUGUGGAGAGCGCUGAGCUGCUGGAGACCAGAAAGCGGCUCCUCCGCAGCCGGGGCAGGAAUCACAGUGACUCAGGCUGUGUUCUGACUGAUGGCUUUCUCAAUACAGAGGAAGGAGACGUCAGGAAUCGGUUUGUCAGACGAGACUCCCUACAGACCCUCACUCGGCGACGAGUCAGCAUAACACUAAUCCCAACGGGGUCCCAGCUCAGCGACCUAGAAACCAAGUUCCAGGAGGGUUGCAGGGCUGGUGCUGACACUGACAGCCAGGGGCCAGAAGUAGACAGUGUGAACCAAGCCAGCAGACCCCCUGAGAUGAUGUCCCCCCUGGCAAUCCCAUCCCCCCACUCCACCCUCCUCAUUAGACAGAGCUCCACACAGAGCUCCCAGAGCCUGGAGGACGAGAGCGAGAGAGCCCCUCACACCAGUUCUCUGCAGAUGACGCUGCGUCACAGGCGGAGGUCUGCCGUCCUGGAGCGUGAGGCCGAAGCUGAGGGGUCAGGGGUGGAGUCAGCAACGGGGUCAAGAGCAGGGUCAAUAGUUGGCACAGCCGAGCCCAGUGAGCUCUCUAUGCCCGAAUCGGUAUUCACCUCAGAGCCGCGAGUGGUUCUGUCAGAGCAGAAUCCCCGAGCUUCCUGGCUGUCUUACUGUCUCUGGGUCCUGAUGGUACUGCUCCUCUUGGCUCUCUCUUUCUUCAUCUUGCUGGGGUUCCUACUCUGGGGCCUGAGGGUUCCUCACCACAGCCCUAGCUUCUGACAUCUCACUUCUGCAGCACUGUCUCAGCUCGACACCACAGAGUUCUGAAUUCCACAGUCUGUGUUCUAAGAUAUGACUUCUGUACCACGGUUCUGAGCUACCCACCGCCUCCAUGGACUGGGCCCACACUACCUGCGAUAAUAUGUUGAACAAAUUGCUGGCACUCUACCUGUAAUAUGAUGGAUGUAAUAUGUUCUAUGAUAUCUGUGCAUAUAUUAUUUGUGUUGUCAGCUGUGCAUGACAAAUGACAUGAAAUGAACCAAAUGGAUUUUUGUAUCUGUGUUUAAAAUCCAAAUCAAAUUGUAUUCGUCACAUGCUUUGUAAACAGCAGAUGUGGACUAACAGUGAAAUGCUUACUUACAGGUCCUUCCCAACAAUGCAGAGAGAAAGGAAAUAGAGAAAUAAUAGACAAGCCAAGCAGGAAAUAAUACAUACAAUAGAUACGAUAACUUGGCUAUAUACAAGGGUACCAGUAACCAGUCGAUGUGCAGGUGUACAAGGUAAUUGAUGUAAUAUGUACAUGUAAGUAGGAAUACAGUGACAGAUAGUGAACAGUAGCAGAAGCGUAUGUAAUGUGUCGAAAAUGUGAGUGAAAAAAGGGUCAAUGCAGAUAGUCUGGGUAGCUAUUUGGUUAACUAUUGAACUAUUUAGCAGCCUUAUGGCUUGGAGGUAGAAGCUGUUCAGGGUCCAGUUGGAUCCAGACUUGGUGCAUCGAUACUGCUUGCCGUGCGGUAGCAAAGAGAACAAUCCAUGACUUGGCUGGCCGGAGUCUUUGACAGUUUUUAGGGCCAUCUUCUGACACCGCCUGGUCUAGAUGUCCUGGAUGGCAGGGAGCUCGUUCCCAGUUAUGUACUGGGCUGUACACACUUCCUUCAGUAACCCCUUGCGGUCGGGUGCCAAGCAGUUGCCAUACCAAGCGGUGAUGCAGCCGGUCAAAAUGCUCGCGAUGGUGCAGCUGUUGAACUUUGAGGAUCUGAAGGCCCAUGCCAAUUCUUUUCAGCCUCCUGAGGGGGAAGAGGUGUUGUGCCCUCUUCACGACUGUGUUGGUGUCUUUGGAUCACGAUAGAUCCUUAGUGAUGUGGACACUGAGGAACUUGGCACGUCCUGUGCUGUCCAGACUUAAACGUUCAAGCUCGUAUCAAACUCUUUAUUUGUCUUUGGGGUGGGCCCAAGGCACCAUCAGCAGAGCUGGGGCACGGUGGAAAAUAUGGCCAGACAAAAGUGCAGAGCCUUUGUUUCUGCAAUAUGCACCAGCCGGUGCGACAGGGAUGAGUGAAUGAAAAAUCGUUGUCUUUUGCUUAUUAUGUUUCCCACGUUCCAAAUCAGUGUCUGAAUAUUAAAGCAGUACGCACAUU